CAAUUUAACGUGUAUGACUAUAAAAUGGUACGGCUCUGCAAGUUCUAGUUCUAGUUUACCAGUUCAAUGUAUUAGGUGGUCUUUGGUAUUAUUUUUUAUCCUAAAUCUAUAUUUAAGCAUUGUUUUUAUCCUACAUUAGUAUCGGUGUUUGAAAGUUUGAGUCUGAUGACGAUUUUAGUUGGCGACAAAUAUUAUUUGGGCAAGAGGAUUGCAGAUGGGUCAGAAAUCUUUUACGGUACUGAGGAAGUUGCAAUGAAGCGUGAACAUGUUAAGCAGACAAACCGUCAUCCGUUGAAGUAUGAAGCAAUGGUGUAUAAACAUCUACAGGAAAAAAGUAGUGCUCAACCUCGGUCCCUAACUGCUGAAGAUAGAAUACCGAAUAUGAGGUGGUUUGGAGUGGAUGGAGAUUAUAACUUUCUAGUAAUGGAUUUGCUUGGACCCAGCCUUGAAGAUCUUCUGAAAUUUUGUGGCGGAAGAUUUUCUUUAAAAACAGUUCUCAUGUUAGCAGAGCAAAUGAUUGAUCGGGUAGAAUUCAUUCAUUCUAAAUCAUUUCUACACCGCAACAUUGAACCUAGCAAUUUCCUCAUGGGAUUACACAGGCAAGCAAAUCAGGUUUUCAUUAUAGACUUUCGCCUGAGUAGAAAGUAUAGAGACUCGUCGACUCACCAACACAUACCUUACAGGGAGAAUAAAAACUUGACUGGGACAGCAGAAUAUGCUAGUAUGAAUGCUCAUCUUGGUAUCGAGCAGAGCAGAAGAGAUGACCUAGAAUCUCUUGGAUAUGUUCUUAUGUACUUUCUUAAAGGAAGUCUUCCAUGGCAGGGUCUGAAAGAUGGACAGAUUGAGAAGAUCAAUAAAAAGAAACUUUCAACAUCCAUUGAAGCAUUGUGCCGUGGUUAUCCUAAUGAAUUUUCUUCCCACUUCCAUUAUUGUCGUUCAUUGCGGUUUGAUGAUAAGCCUGAUUAUCUUUAUUUGAAGAGCAUGUACAGGGAACUCUUCAAACGAGAAGGAUACCGGUCAGAUCAUGAUGCUUAUGAUUGGACAAUUCUGAAGUACCAGCAGUUGCAAAUGGCUGCUCCUCCAUCCAAUACCCUCGAUCCAACUGCUGGAACAAGUUCUGGAAUCCGGCCUGCUAAUCUACAUGUUGACCUACAGUCAGGUGACAAGCAUACCGGGUCAAGCAGCUAUGGACAAGAAACGAAGAAAAGACGUUUAUCUAAGCAGAAGAGUUCAGAAGUAAAUGAUCCGGAAAAGAGGAAGGAUGCCACUUUUCCAGGCUCCAGUUCCUUGGGAUGGUCAGGUGGAUCAAUUAGCAGCGAUAAAGCAUUUACAACUGAGAACAAGAUCAUCACAACCUUGUUUUUUGGACCUUGGAAGUCCUUAGAUCCACCAACUUUCAUGUGUGGGAUUUGCAUGGAUCAUAAACCAUUGAAGAAAUCUUUUGCUAUCAAGGGCUGUACUCACUCCUAUUGUUCUGAUUGUGUUUGCGAGUACGUGACCUCCAAGAUUCAAGACAAGAUUACUCAAAUUCCUUGUCCUGUUUCUGGUUGUAAUGGCAGUUUGGACCCUGAACAUUGCGGUCCCAUUUUGGCCCCCAAGGUUUUUGAAAAAUGGGGAGAUGAAUUAUGCGAGGCUCUGAUUUUAGCCCCUAAUAGAUUUUACUGUCCAUUCAAAAAUUGUUCUGCACUUCUUAUUAAAGGGCGUGAUUUUAAAAAGAUUGUUGAAUCAGAAUGCCCGAUUUGUCAUAAGUUGUUUUGUGCAAAGUGUAUGGUUCCUUGGCAUUCUGGGAUUAAGUGUAGCAAGUUUCAGAAGUUACAGAAGGAGAGGGAACGGAAUGAUAUAUUGCUUGAGCAACUUGCUAAAACAAAGAGAUGGAGAAAGUGUUCAAAGUGCAAGUUAUAUGUUGAAAGGACUGAAGGUUGCUUAUUUAUGAGAUGCAGGUGUGGGUAUACUUUCUGUUACAACUGUGGAGCUCAUCUAACUGAACAUUACUGUAAAAACUGCAAGCACUGAAUCAUGUUCACCAAUUGAGUUGGAUGAACUCCCUCUACUGGUUGGUCCGUCAUGACAGGCUUCUAAGAAGGUCCAUUGGUGCUCAGGGUAUUUCAAUUCUGUGUAUGCUCCCUGUUCACUGUAUAUUAAAGGGACAAUCGCGAUCUUACAAGUAAUAGUAUAUUUUAUCCAUUGGUACUUGAAGGAUAUUUUAUCUGCUGUGUGCCUGGUUUCAUAUAACUGAAGUUUUAUUCUAUUAUUAAAUGCUGUCUUCAAAAUACAAUAAUUAUACAGUUCUGCCCCAGAACAGAUUAAUAUGUUCUU